UCGGGUUCGACAUUCAUCUGAAAAAUGGCAGGAUACAAACUACGGUGCUUCAUAGUUGGGCAUGAAAAAGAUGUUCGAGCAAUUUCACCGACAAUAUUUCCCAGUGAUGGUAUUCUUUCCGGAUCCAGAGAUGUUACAGCUAGAGUGUGGAUACCUAAUGAAAUGGAUCCAGGUUUUCAUGAGGGUCAGCUGAUGAGAGGACACAGUAACUUUGUGUCUGCAGUGUGUGUUAUGCCCCCCGACUCUGACUAUGAACAGGGUCUACUAGUAACUGGAAGUAAUGAUCAUACUAUCCUUGGUUACACACCAAAUUCUACAGAGCCAGUCUUCAAACUCACAGGUCAUGAGGGCACAGUUUGUACUCUGGCUGCUGGAAAAUUUGGGACUCUUAUCAGUGGAUCCUGGGACAAAACUGCCAGAGUUUGGUUAAAUAAAAAGUGUGUCAUGACUUUGAAAGGACAUCAGGCAGCUGUAUGGGCUGUUGGUAUUGUGCCUGAGCAGGGCUACAUGUUAACCGGAUCAGCUGAUAAAACCAUUAAACUGUGGAAGGCUGGAAAGUGUGAAAACACUUUUACAGGACAUGAAGAUUGUGUGAGAGGGCUUGCUGUACUAAAUAUGAAUGAGUUUAUAUCCUGUGCCAAUGAUGCUACGAUUCGUCGAUGGUCCAUGUCCGGCGACUGUCUACAGAUCUGUUAUGGCCAUGAGAACUUUGUCUAUAGUAUUGCUGUGUUACCUAAUGGGCAGGACUUCAUCAGUGGGAGUGAGGACCGUACAGUGAGGGUUUGGAGGGACGGGAAGUGUGUUCAGACCAUUGCCCACCCUGCCCAGUCUGUGUGGGCUGUGUGUGUCCUACCAGGAAAUGGGGACAUUGUUACAGGAGCAAGUGAUGGUGUAAUUAGGGUGUUUACCACAACACCAGAAAGAAUGGCACCUGAGGAUGAACAAAAGUCAUUUGAAGAGCAGGUCGCAGCCACAGCAGUGCCCAAGCAGUUGGGGGAUGUAAAACUGGAGGACUUACCAGGACCUGAAGUUUUACUGAAUCCAGGUACCAAAGAGGGACAGCAAAAGAUCAUCAGAAGAGGUCCAAAUGCUGAGCUUCAUCAGUGGGACAUGGCCAAACAACAGUGGACAAAGGUUGGAGACGUAGUGGGCUCUAGUGGCGGAACUCAGCAAAGUUCUGGAAAAACUCUCUACGAAGGAAAGGAGUAUGACUAUGUGUUUAGUGUGGAUAUUGAGGAUGGGAAGCCCCCUCUUAAGCUCCCCUUUAAUGUCACAGAGGACCCAUGGUUUGCUGCACAGAGAUUUUUAGAAAAGAAUAGUCUGAGUCAGUUAUUCCUUGAUCAGGUUGCCAACUUCAUCAUAGACAACACUAAAGGAGUCACUCUGGGACAAGAGACCUCAGGAUAUGUAGACCCAUUUACAGGAGGAAGCAGGCAUGUUCCUGGUUCUCAAUCCAGCAUAAGCUCAGCACCAGCCUCGGGGACUGACCCAUUCACAGGAGGGGGUCGAUACAUCCCAGGAGGGCAGACAUCACAACCACAAAUUUCAGGCUCAGAUCCAUUCACUGGAGCAGGAAGUUAUAGACCUCAAGAUGUUCAGGUUAAUUUGGCCAAUAAUACCUACUUCCCCCAGAAGACCUAUGUUACCUUCGAAACUGCCAACCAUGUUCAAAUCAUUAAUAAGCUCAAGGAGUUUAAUGACAAGGUUGGAGCAGAGAACCAGCUAAGUUCCGAUGAUCUAGAUUCCCUGCAGACAUUAAUGGAAGCUAAAGAUGUGACAGAGGCACAUGUGGGCGUCAUGAACAAAGUCCUGCGGUGGCCAAAAGAGUACAUCUUCCCAGGACUAGAUGUACUCCGAGUGAGCAUCAGGGAUCAGAAGGUGUGUGAACAUGUCUGUUCUCAGGGGGGAUUCCUAGACAGCCUGCUUCGCUUCCUAGACUCGAGUUCCCCCGUCCCCACUCAGAUGUUGACGCUUAGGAUUUUAGUAAACUGUUUUCUUCACGAGAGUGGACGGCAGUUUCUGCUGUUAAACAGAGACCCAAUAAUAACCCAAGCUCUGAACUGUAGAUUGACCCCAAACAAAAAUGUUCAGAUAGCUGUUAGUACCUUGUUACUGAAUUACUCAGUAAGUUUACAGGAUCGAGAUGAUGAAGAAGGAAAGUCUCAGUGUUUACUAGCGGUGGCUAGCGUAAUGGAGAAUCCCAUGGACCCAGAGGCAGAGUUCAGACUUCUGGUGUGUUUAGGGACAUUGAUUUCUAAUGACAAAGACACUAAAGAAUUAGCCAAAUCUCUAGAAAUACAGAAUCUAAUUAUUCCAAUGCAGACCCGCCUUGACCCCAAGAAAGUUAGUGAAUGUGCAGGCUUCGUGAUAAAUCGUCUUCAGUAAUUAUGCAUAAAAAAUCUUUCUUUAGCAACUGUCUGAAUGACUUGGUUUAAAAUGUUAAUAAAAUUAUGUUA